CUGUGGCGCGGCCGGAAGUAGCCGGGAGGUUGUUGGUGGCGGACCGGAUGUUGUAGAGGCGGUUUCCGGCCAGCUCAGUGGUGGCUGAGGGAGGAGGUGGUGGCAGUGGGGCAGUGAGCAGAGGUGAGGAUGGUGCUGCUUACCAUGAUCGCCCGCGUGGCGGACGGGCUGCCGCUCGCCGCCUCCAUGCAGGAAGAUGAGCAGUCCGGCCGCGACCUGCAGCAGUACCAGAGCCAGGCGAAGCAGCUGUUCCGUAAGCUGAACGAGCAGUCCCCUACGAGGUGCACUCUGGAGGCGGGAGCCAUGGCUUUCCACUACAUCAUUGAGAAAGGGGUGUGUUACCUGGUCCUGUGUGAAGCUGCGUUCCCAAAGAAACUGGCCUUUGCAUAUCUGGAAGACUUGCAAUCAGAAUUUGAUGAGCAGCAUGGCAAGAAGGUGCCAACGGUCUCCAGGCCCUAUUCCUUCAUUGAAUUUGACACCUACAUCCAGAAAACCAAGAAGCUCUACAUCGACAGCCGGGCGAGGAGGAACCUGGGUUCCAUCAACACAGAGCUGCAGGAUGUGCAGAGGAUUAUGGUGGCCAACAUUGAGGAGGUCUUACAGCGAGGAGAGGCACUUUCAGCUCUGGAUUCCAAGGCCAACAACUUGUCCAGUUUGUCCAAGAAGUACCGUCAGGAUGCGAAGUAUCUGAACAUGCGUUCCACUUACGCCAAGCUUGCGGCCGUAGCUGUGUUUUUUAUCAUGUUGAUCGUCUAUGUGAGAUUCUGGUGGCUGUGACCUGGUUACACUGAAGAGGGAAAGCUGGUAGCCUGGCAGAUGUGUGUGUGUGCAGGACACUGUUCACUGGGGAUGUGCAUUAGAAUCCACGCAGGACCAUCACCUUUAUACAAGUGUCCUGAAAAUGUUAGGUGACACCUGAGUACUACACCUCUUAGUGAAUCCUAACUGUAAGUGUAAAGGCUUGUUGACUACAGGCUUUUCCCCUGAGGCAGUUUGCACUAGGAUACUGUUGAGGCUGACCUCCUGCGGUUCUGCACCUCUCCAAGCAGUGAGCUUUGGGAACAGCUAAUCAGUGCAGUUUAGCAUCAUCACCUUUUACGUCCUCCUCUUGAGUAGCUCUAGUGGGAACUGGACUCUAAUGAACAUUCCUUGUGUUGGCAAUGUUUGCUUUUUUUUAGGAUCUGGAUCUGCGGUUUUUUGUUAAUAUUUUGUUUUUUAAAGAUCAGACUCCCCUGUUUGAAGGCAAAAUACUGCUCUGUACAUAUUGUGAUAGCUUUCACCUCUGGACUAGCUGUUGUUUUCUGUGUCUGACAUCUUGGCUUGUUACACUUUCAAUUGCUUUAGAAACAAAAAGAUGGUAAAUUUAUGCCUUAAAUACAUUCUGUCUAGUACUAGGAGAGGCAAUGAAAGGCUUCUAUAUUAUUGAUCCCUACAAAACUAAACUACAGGUUUGUAUGUGUCUACUUUUCCUCUCCUGGCAGCUGUGUGUGACAGUAUGUUUCCAUGUGAUUAAAAACAGGGUGUGUAACUCAAGUGCUGUUGGAGCGGGCGCAGUGCAAACUAUGUCAGCAUUAUGUCUAUUUUCCCUUCUCUCUGCAGAUAAACUACAUUAUUUCCUUCUACUGUACUUUCUUUCCAAAAUGUAUCAACUGCUAGCAUUUCAUCUCUGGGAUGUGUGUUUUCUUUCUCCCUCUCAAUGAAAACAACCAAAAAAUAAAAGCCAAACUCUGAAUGUUGUUAUGAAGAAAAGGGAGUGUUUCCUUAAAAAAAACAAAAAAACAAAAAAAAAAAACACUUCACCUUUACAUGAAGGAUUCAAGAGGAUAACUUAAGAACAGUGGAAUCCUUUGGAAAUGCCACCUUUUUUUUUUUUUCUUUUUCCUGCAAUCACCCUCUCCCUACCUCAUUUGGGAAGCUGAAAUUGUAGGUGAAGAAAAACUCAUUGUGGACAAUACUAUAUAGCUGCUUCUUUCUCACAGGCCAAUCUAUAUAGUCUCAGCAUAAUGUGAUUUUACUUUUAUUCCACCUGUGCUAGGAGCACUAUUUUAUCCAUGAGCUUUUUUUAACUAAAAAAACACCCCAAACCACAAAACCCUAAAGCUCAGGCCUUCCCACUCUUCUCUGCACUUAAGUGUCUGUUUCUCUAACUUGGUAGGAAGCAGGUAGUGUCACAGAAGGAAGUUUCAGGGCUCCUAAGUAACUUUUAAAAGCAUGUGUUCUUGUGCAGUUCUGGAAAUAUAAACUGGGACCUGGGAAUGUUUUCUGCCACUAGGUAGGGAUUUGGGGAGCUGUUGUCCUGCCCAGGCUGGUGCCAUGUGGGACUGGCAGGGAAGCAGUUAACACUGUCAGUCAACCAAGCAAAUCUGAUCUGUCUUGUACUCUAGAAUUACCUGGUUGCUGCAUGAUGUCUCCAAGUGUUACUUUGUAGAUUGCUUUAUUAUUACCAUUUUUAAUCUUUACAAGUGGUGUCAAUCAUGGAUGACUGUCCCAGUGAUGUAGAUCUGUGUGUGAUGUGGGUACUGGAAGGUGAGCUGACAAUGACUGUAACUGGAUUGUGUUGUGACUUGAGGGGGAGACAUUGCUCAGCAAGCAGUUGCCUGCUGCUGCCCAAGUGUCAGCAGUGAAAUAAAUGCUUCUGAAAAAUCCC